GAAACAGCCCACGUCAUCCUCCGCUUUACUUGCACCUCACUCUGAUUUUCAAUUCCUCAUGUACACACAGUGUGCAGAGACCAAGACCUCUUUGGGCAACUGAUAAGCCAUAUCAUCAUCAUAUUCAUAUAAUCAAAUCAAUGGCUACUUGUGGGAGCUCCUUUGUAAUUUCUGCUUCUUCACCCAAAAACACUCACACUACUCGCAUUUCAAGUCUGCGCAUCCUCACACGCCCAUUGUAUACUUCACAAAACAAGCUACGUCCGUACAAUUUUAGAAAGAAUAGUGUCCAGGUGAGUGCCAAAUAUGCUAGAAAUGAGGCGUUGCAGUACAGAAAAGUCGGCGAUUCUGACCUCGAAAUCAGUGAAAUCACACUCGGCACUAUGACAUUUGGGGAGCAGAACACCGAGAAAGAGGCUCAUGAAAUGCUUUCUUACUCAUUUGAGCAAGGAAUCAAUGCUUUGGAUACUGCUGAGGCUUAUCCAAUCCCAAUGAAGAAGGAGACGCAAGGACGGACAGAUCUUUAUAUUGGUAACUGGCUGAAGUCUCAACCUCGUGACAAGGUUAUUUUGGCCACUAAAGUGUGUGGAUAUUCAGAGCGAUCAAGUUACUUACGCGACAAUGCCAAGGUUUUGAGGGUCGAUGCUGAAAAUAUUAAAGAAAGCGUGGAGAAAAGUCUUAAACGUCUCAAAACUGAUUACAUUGAUUUGUUGCAAAUACAUUGGCCAGACCGCUAUGUGGCUCUGUUUGGUGAAUUCUUUUAUGACCCUUUGAAAUGGAGGCCAAGUAUUCCAUUUGUUGAGCAGCUCUUGGCAUUUAAAGAGCUGAUUGAUGAAGGGAAGGUGCGGUACAUAGGUGUAUCAAAUGAAACUUCUUAUGGAGUGAUGGAGUUUGUACAUGCUGCAAAAGUAGGACUACCAAAGAUUGUCAGUAUCCAAAAUAGCUACAGCCUGCUAGUGAGAUGUAAAUUUGAAGCUGACCUUGUUGAGGUAUGCCACCCUAACAAUUGUAAUGUUGGCUUACUCUGUUAUUCCCCACUGGCUGGUGGAGCAUUGUCUGGAAAGUAUCUAGAUUUGAAUUCUGAAGCUUCAAAGAAAGGAAGGAUGAACCUCUUUCCUGGUUACAUGGAAAGAUAUAACAAAUCCGCAGCCAAGGAAGCUACAAUGAAAUAUAUUGAAAUGGCAAAGAAACACGGGCUUACUCCAGUUCAGUUAGCGCUUGGAUUUGCACGUGACCGUCCAUUUAUGACGAGUUCAAUCAUAGGUGCAACCUCUCUCGACCAACUGAAGGAAGACAUUGAUGCUUUUUUGACGGUGGAACGGCCUCUGCCUGCCGAAGUGAUGGCAGAUAUUGAGGAUAUCUUCAAGAGAUACAAGGAUCCAGCGAUCCUGUAGAGAGGACCGGUUCCGGUUCACAUGACUCAACUUGUAAUUAUAUGAUAUAUCACUUUUGGUAGCUAAACUUGUAGUUACAUGAUAUUUAAUCAUCUCACCCAUGCAGAAACUAAAGAAGAUUUUCAUUUUUUUUGUUUAACACUCCAACUUGCCUUUCGGUGGCCAACAGGCCAACUUGUAUUUCGGUGGUGUAUCCAGAAUUUUGAAUUACUGUGAUCAGAUACUUAUGUAAUGGUCAAGAUGUUCAACAUAUUUUAUAUACACGUUAAAAUUUUAGAAUAAAAUAAA